GUCAAUAACUCUGUUUGUGCUUAAAUUCAAUUAGUUCGGAUAGAAAAAUAAAGUACUUUAACUUUGGCCAUGGAAUAAUUGCUCCACCAAUCAUGCACCUUCGCAGGGAGGAGGAGGGAGUGGAACUGGGCAUAUAAAUAAGAAGGGGGUGGGUUACAAACCUGUUGUCAAAUAACAUUACAUAAUCAUUCAGUGAGAAGUUUGCCCAUUUCUAAAUAAAUCCACAAAUCUAUAACUAGUAAAUUUGAGUGAUUUCUGUCAGUUAUGACGUUGUUUUGUGUUUUACUGCAUGUGUUUAACUUUUAUCAGCUUUCUGCUUGUCUGUUUAAUGGCAAAAGAAGGCAGAUUGUUGUUGGGCUGGGCCACCCUGCCACUGGUGACGAUGACGAGGAGGAAGAUGACGGUGUAGCAGAUCCUGACUUUGUCCUUUCCACCUACAACCUCGACAUUCCAGGCCCAAAGGACAUGGGCCCCUCUGGAAAGAGGAAGCGCAUGCAGCCUGCAGUGGAAGUGCUCCCGGUCAAGGACAAUUAUGUUUUAUGAAACGUUCGCCAGAGUGAUGAACUCGGACCAGGAAAGGCCGUUCGUGUGCAACGCUCCUGGCUGUUCUCAGCGCUUCCCCACGGAGGACCAUCUGAUGAUACAUCGCCACAAACAUGAGAUGACCCUUAAGUUCCCCUCCAUAAAGAACGACAACAUGUUAUCAGACCAGACGCCCACGCCGACGCGCUUCUUGAAGAACUGCGAGGAGGUGGGAUUGUUCAGUGAGCUGGACUGCUCCAUUGAGCAGGAGUUUUGCAAAGCCCAGGAAGAAGAAGACAGCAAACAGAACCUCUCACUGCACGGCCAGGCGGGCCAAGGCCAGCACCAGCAGUCCCACUCACGGAUGGGGAAUCACGACACCAGCAUAGUGAUCCAGCAGGCUCUGCCUUCUCCUCAGUCCAGCUCCGUCAUCACUCAGGCUCCAUCCACAAAUAGACAGAUAGGGCCUGUCCCUGGAUCUCUGUCCUCACUACUGCACCUACGAAACAGACAGAGACAGCCUCUGCCAGCCUCCAUGCCUGGAACCCUGCCAGACCCAACCAUGCCUGGCUCCUCUGCUGUGCUGAUGCCUAUGGAGAGACAAAUGUCCAUGGGCUCCAAUAUGAUGGGCAUGCAAAGCCCCGCCCACAGCAGCUCCUGCUCCUCCACUCACAUUCCCUCCAUGCACUCAGAAGCCAAACUGAGGCUAAAGGCUGCACUUUCACACCACCCCGGUGCCAUCACCAACGGCAACAUGAACUCCAUGGGCCACAUGAUGGAGAUGAUGUCAUCGCGGCAGGAGCAAAGCGGCCACCACCACAUGCACUCGCACCCGCACCAGCACCUGCAAGCCCCUCCCCACGCCUACCAGCACCACGGGCACCACCACCACAGCCAGGGCCACGGCCAGGGUGGACACCACCACCCGCAGGCGCACAAUCCCCACCACAACUCACACAAUCCGCACCUCCUCCCCGGGCACCCGCACCAGACCUCGCCGCACCCGCCGAUGCACUCUGCUUCACAGAUGUCACCUGCAACCCAGCAGAUGCAGCCCACCCAGACGUUGCAGUCCCCGCCGCCCAGCGGCGGGCGGCGCCGGCGAGUUGUGGACGAGGACCCGGAUGAACGUCGGCGGAAGUUUCUGGAGCGGAACAGAGCGGCCGCGACGAGGUGCAGGCAGAAGAGAAAAGUGUGGGUGAUGUCUUUAGAGAAGAAGGCAGAGGAGCUCACUCAGACCAACAUGCAGCUUCAGAAUGAAGUGACCAUGCUCAAGAACGAGGUGACCCAACUCAAGCAGCUUCUCCUCACACACAAGGACUGUCCCAUCACCACUAUGCAGAAAGAGUCCCAAGGUUACCUCAGUCCAGAGAGCAGUCCGGCAGGGAGUCCGGCCCCGGCGUGCUCCCAGCAACAAGUCAUCCAGCACAACACCAUCACCACCUCCACCACGACUAUAGGGGGUAACAGCGUGCACGGGCAGGCCAACCACCGCACAGACGUUAACCCCAUCCACUAGGGACAAGAAGAGACUAACCUCGGCUGCAGCCCCCCCCCCCACCCUCCCCAGCACCACCACCACCAUCACCGCCCCCGCUUUCUGAGGGCCACACGCCGCCCCCCUCCCCUCCAUCAAGAGAAACCUCAAAGGCCUGUGAGGCUGUUCUUUAUACAGUAGCUACAGUAUCUAUUUUUAUAGACAAACCCUAUUAACGUAUAAAUGUUCUAUGGUUUGCUUUUUUUUGUGCUUAGCGGUAAGAAAGCUUUGCUAACCCUCUACGCCAUUUCAGUAACUUUUUGUCUGUCGCGUAACGGUACAAACGUGACCACGGCGUUCGUGGAACCGGAGGAAAGAGCCUCGCGCUGGCAUCUCCAUCAACAGACCUUACAUCUCUAAACCCCCAAUGGACUGAGUAACGAGUCUAAUCAUCGUCGGUGUGCCGCACGCGGACAGCGUGUCGAACUCACAAAAAAACGCGUGUAACAUACAAAAAAAAAAAAAAACUGAAUGUGGGAUGUUUAGCUUGUUUUUGUUUGUUUUUUUAAGUCAAAUUGUCGCCAUGACGUCUUGAAGACUAGAAUAUGCAAGCAGGAGAAAUGAUCCUUUUCCUUUCCUAGAAACACAUGUGACUGUUAAUGUUCCCUGUCAGCCGUGUUCUCAAAGAGUUUUAUGAAAUACUGCGCGACGGUGAAAAUACCAUGUGAUCAAAUGGAAGCAAUACAUUGCAGUACUGACCGUUGUCUCUACUGCGCGCCCACAUUGUGAUCAGAAUGGCCAAGGAUGCUGUUACAGCUACAGAACUGUACACUGUGAUACCGGUUGAGGCAGCUCAGGGGUUGAGACCAACUCCUCCGCUCUCCAGGACCAAAUGAAGCUUUAAAUCAUUGAAUCCUCUCUGUUGUGUGUCCGUUGCGUGUUUGGAUCCAUGUUUUGGUUCGGAAUUCCAAAUGAAAAUUGCGUGUGUGUGCGUGUGUGUGCGUGCGUCUGCAAUAGGUUUGCAUGGGAAUAUUGUGUAUUUGUUUGUCCUUCUUUCCUCUGUUGAACAAAGUUCAGUGUGUGUACUUUUUUUUUGUUUCGUUUUAAAAGAAAGACUAAAGUGUGAGAACGCCACGGGGAAGAUUUCUGAACAUCCUUUUUUUGUUUCUCUUUUUAACUGGCCUCCUGCAACUGGUAGUUUCCUAGCGAGGAGCAGUUCGUGUCUGUACUUUCCAAGAUGUCACAACGUGCCUGAUUCUUUCUUGAAGUCUCGGUUGGCUUGAUUUAAAAAAAGCUUGUAAUGGCCGCCUAAACUAGCCGUUCGUUUCAUACAGCAGACAUGUUGCAUGUACGGCCAAAAACUCAUCUUUUCUAUCUCCCUUCCUGCCUUGAAACGUACUGCCUUCUCAUGUUGACCACAACCCCUCUUUCUUCCCCCCCUCCUCCCCAUGACCAGGAAUGUCAGUUCAUUAGCAUGACGACUACAAUGCACUGUGUUUUACAGUAGGAUGGAUGAAAUACAUUCCACUGACAGGUGGAGCGAUCGCAGCGCUGUCUAUGCACUUUGUCCUCUGUCAUGCCAGAGGGUAGAAUAGCCAUAUUAAGGUCAGAGUAAUUCUCAGAGACCCCCCCCCCCCCCCCACACACACACACACACACACACCCUCCCGCCUCGUCGUCUUCACUCACCAGCGACAAACUUAACUGUGUUUUGGCUUUAAGGAGAGACUGUGCCUGGCUUCCUCACACGCAUAUAGAUAGAACAACUGCAACCCGCAGCCUGCAUUGCAAGCCUCAACUAAGCCAUCUGAUGUGCGUGCUUUUUGUCUCGCCGAUUGGUACAACUUGGAUGUGAAUAGAAAACCUCUGUUCAUCACAGUGGGUUACAUGAAAGUUCGUAUUUGGGAAUUUGAAGCGUCAUGUCAUUUCUUUACUGUGGAGCGUGCAGUUUGGUAUGUGUGUGCAGUCAAAGAUAUCUGUCUCUUAAAAGGGCUUUGUCGUAGCAACCCUCUGAACUAAAGCUUGCCUUAUUACCGUAUUUAGACUACACCAUUCCAAAUUAACCUCUUGCAUGUGAAAAUGUGUCGAUGACCUCAAAGUACAUUGAACUGGAAUAAUUAAGAGGACCUUAGAGUUAGAUGUGGAUUCGGAAAGGUAUAGAUAAAGAUUGUUAAUGUAUAGGCGGAAAGGACAGACGGAAGUGCAGCGUGAGUGUGGAUUUGUGUGAGAGUUGGAGAGCAAUUCCUGCAUAUUAACGAUGUUGUAAUUGUAUUAUUUUAAAUGUAAAACUAUAAAUAUUGUACAUAAUAUCAUUAAUUUCUAUAAUCCUGUACAUGUACAAUGAAACCACCUUUCUUUUUGAAGGGAGUAUAAAGUGUGGUACGUCUGUACAUAAUCUUUGCGUAGCACUUGUUGCCUUUUGUUGUAUGUCGAGGCUCAUUUCAGCGCUUAAAUACAUUGUUGAUAUGUGAUGAACUCAUGAAUUCAUUCUUGCCUGCAUAACUUCGUACAUUUUUUUUUGUUUUUUUGCGUAUGUAAUUACAUUGUCUCCAUCUUAUUUUGCAUUUGUACAGAUGUUAAAGUAUCACUGCAGUUACAUUGCGGUAUGAAAAUAAAGCACUUGUUCUGUAA